GCCACUAUCGAGGUCUAUAUCUACGCAAUCACAUACUUGACGAACUCAACAUGCGCCGCGCUCAGAGUGUCAGACACUACGCCCGACCAUCACAGGUUCAUAACACGGACGACCUCGGUGUCUUGAGAGAGGACGAAUCUGUGGAAGAUGUCCUCCGCCGACAGUUGCUCGAGAAGGACAGGGAAUGCGACAGGCUUCAAAUCCAAAUUCAGUCCCUUCAGGCACAGCUAGCUCAACGACCGCCACUGGAGGAGAUCCAGGCACUGGAGAAAGAAUAUACGAACCUUGAGCUUUUGCUGCAGGGAACGCAACGAGAGAAUGAGCGAUGUAUGGCUGAGCUGGAGAGAGGAAAGGUGCGAGAGAAGAUGCUCGAGCGUGAGCUCGAGAAAUUGGCCGGCGUGAAUUGGCAGUCCAACCUAGAACUGGGCACACCCACUUCCGCUUCAGGCUUUCACGCACGCGCCGCCAGCCUCAUUAAUUCAGGCAGGCAGUCCAGCCCGGUGUCGUCCAACAAAGCUACAAACGAUCAAGCGAGCGUCGAAGCGACAAAGGCGUAUGUCGAACAAAUGCGCCUCAUGAUUCUGGGCAUGGAGCAGCGCUUGCAGUCCCGCGAGGAUAAGCUCACUAGACACAUCGAACGUGCCGAGGCCGAGGGCGCUCGGUUCGAGGAGGUGCGAAGGCAACCUAUCACAACCAGUCAGUGACAUGGUGGUAUGUCGUCGUUCAUACGAGGUGCGGCAUCUUGUGCCAUGGGAUGGACAUGUUGUGUCGAAUGUUUCGGCCAAGUCAACCGCUUAUUGCUUCUGCAGUCCAAUCUUCAUUGCCCGCUGCACCCUCGCAGUCGCCGUUCGCUAGCAGGAUCCCCGUCAUCGGAACGAACCUUGUAGUCAUAUGUACUUGUACAAGUCGGGAUCGCACACACUCAUCAAUCAUAUACCGGCAUCCGAGAUGUAGACCUUCUGCCAAU